AUGGCUCACCAGGGAACAACGCCGCGGAAUCGAACACCGUUGGCCGAGUUACCGGUCGUACCGGGUGGAACGGUGGGGAAUGCAUCCCCUACGAUGGGCGACACCCCUGCUACACCGCAACGUGCUGUGCUAGUUCCCCGUUUGAUCGACAGCCCUAGAGGGAACAUACCGGACAGCAUCCUGACCCCGACACUCACGCCGGAAGAGAUGAUCACCCGGCUGCGUGGUCGCCGUCGUACACCGGUCGUUUGGUCACCGGAUAAUCGCGAUCGUGUCCCAUUUCCAUCGCCGAUGCAAACGCCACCGAGAAACACGUCUACGAUGACGCUACGCAGCUCGCCAAGGAAGCGAUCGCUAAUGCAGGAAUUUGCCGAAGUUCCGUCCACGAGCGGUGGAUUCUCAUCGUGUUCGCAAAGAAUGCCAACGACUCAAACAUCCACUAACGAUUCUCCCGGAACCAGUGCGAAGAAGCCAAAGGUGAACGAAACGGUCAUGACUCGUCAGAAUGGAACCAUACCAUUGGAGACCAUACUGAAAGGAUAUAGCCCGGACCAGCUGAUAAGCAUGCUCGUGUCGAUCGUGUCCAAAAACGAACAGCUUGAAGGUGCCAUUCGACGUGAGCUGCCUCUGCCGGACAUUAGUCCCCUGGAAGAAGAGCUAAGCCGCAUCAAGAAGAACAUUUACGCAUGCGUCCCGAACGGGAAGUUGUUUAGUCGUACCGAUGGGCAUGGAUUUUUGCGCGCUGCCACCCAUCUGGCCAUGUUCAAGCUAACCAUCCACAGCCAGGCACAGAACCUGUACGCUUCUGGGCACUGGGACGCACUGCUCGAUUACGUGCUGAUGGCGUGGGUGCACGUGCGCGAAACACCCGUGUACAAUAAUGCCAAACAUAAUGCAAUGCGGCGGUAUUGCUUUAAGCUGUUGGCCCACCAUGCCACCAGUGCCCUGAAGCAUGGCGCAUUGGGACUCGGUAUCGAGCGUGUUGCACGGUUCCAGCAGAAGCUUCCCGGUCUGAUAGCUGACUGUCCCGAGAUUAGCGGAUGUCACAAGUGCCUUGAGUACCUUAUGAAAGGACUAUGA